AUGAAUAAGUUAGUGAAAUCAUUUACUUGUAGUUUAUAUAAUGUUGGUGUUACAUCGGCAGUUCGUCGUGGUAUCACCAACAGCACUUUUAUCAGUGCAUUCCAACAACAACAACAGCCAUGUGUCAGAUCAUUCUUUUCACAAUCAAUGGUUAAUAGAUCAAAUACUACUACUACACAAUCAUCAGCGCAACAACAACCAGGUACAACUACAACUACAACAUCUAAUACCUCAUCAUUGAUUCAAUCAGUUUUGAAAGGACAAAAGGAAAAAGAAGAAAGCAAUAAACCAGUAAUCAAGACAGCAACAGCUACUUUAAGAAACUUACCAUACAGUCAAUGGAAAUUGAUGCCAUUGUUCAAAGCUAUCACUGGUCUCAGCUAUCGUGAAGCCAUUGCCCAACUUACAUUUGCAAACAUCGGUCCAGCCAAUCAAAUUAAAGGUUUGGUUACAUCUGCACGUUACAACGCCGAGUACUAUAAGAAUUUAGAUCCAGAUCGUUUAAUUGUUUCACAAAUAUAUACAGGAAGAUCACACUAUCAAUCAAGAAUCGAAUUUAAAGGUAGAGGUAGAACUGGUAUCAGAAGAAAACCAUUCACACAUGUCACAGUGGAAUUGAAAGAAGUUGAAAAGGUAUCGGGUGAAAAGAAACUCGGUAAAUUUGGAAAGACUCACAAGACCAUCGAAAAUUAUAACAAUCCAUUGGUAUCUUAA